AUGGAGACGAUUCCACUGGAAGAACAAUAUGAAACCGACACGAUUUUCUCGCAAGACGGCGAUGUUCCAGGUAACCGAAAAUCAGUCUGUUCCUUCAUAAAAAUUGCUCUUUUCCGUUGCAGAUUCGUACCUCCAAAAGAAACUGCAAGAAGUCCAGUCCGACAAUGAUUUACUUUCGGAUAAUGAAAGCCCAGUUAAUGAUUUCCGCAAUCAGGUCGAUGACGAGCUUCUCACGCUGAAUUUGCCGACUCCGACCGCGAUAAACAGCGAUUCGUUUCAAAAACUUGUUGAUGAGGUGAGAUUUGUUGAAAACUAAAUAUAAAUUUUUAAGACUGUCAUAUUUUAGUCGAAAUUCGUUUGGGGCGACUUCGACACUCCCGGCGCCAACUAUGACAGUGUCGUCUUUCAAGAUGAUCUCUACGACGUGACAAAGGACAGUUUUCGUUAUGGAAGGUGGGUGGAAUCAACGUUUUUAACUAGAAACCAACAAUAUUUGUUCAGAGUGACAAGCGGAACCAGCUACAAUCUGAUGACCGGUAAGAUGGCGGAUCAAGUUCUGGAAAUGGUAAAGGCGAAGGACGAAGAAGCCGACGAGACGCUGGAAACGGUGACAGAGGACGAAAAUACUCAUCUGAUCACCACAGAAGUCACGAUUCAUUUGAACGGAAGCGGCGAUUCACUCCUAUCACCUCCCGCCACGUUCGGUGAACUGUACGACGAGCAAAUGCCCAAGUUCUUCGAGUAUCGGGCUGUGUUUCCGGUAAAAAUGUUAAGUUUGGGGCUCUUGACGAAUAAAAAAUUUCAGAAAAUCGCCGGAAUCUGGACUCUUCUUUUCGACCAAGAGCACUACAACGACAUGUCGACAUUCGAACUGCAAGCGUCGAUUUGUGCGGCACUCAACUCGAAGCACCAUCUGAUCGUCUGCAUUGGCGUGGACGCCUACAAUACGGUCACGGGAGUCGAAAUGACGGCCACCGACCGCGUCGUCUUCAGAAUGGCGCUCACGAGAGCCGUGGCCGGAGAGUUUCAGCCGCCGCUCAUCAAAGUGCCUCCGAAACAGCUGACCGGGGUCAGCCCCAUGAAACGGGACGUGUCCGAGUUGACUUCUGGUAUCGACGUGCUCUUCGUUCCGGUCCUCGGAGCUCCGAAAGGUGAUGGCGAGGAUCCGACGCCGAACCGAUUUCUAAUUGUUGUUCGGGUCAAAGAACUGUCGGACAAGCUGUACCAGCUGUCUUCCGGUCGAGUUUACAUUGAAAACGAGGGACGAGUCGUCGCUUUGUCAUCCCUUGAUGAGGUGCUUAGGAGAAACGGUCAAAAGUCUAUCGAUAAUCCGAUUUGCAGGCGUUCCGCGUGCUUAUCGAGAAAAAUCCGGAGCAGAAACCAUUGAUCGGCAGUCUGUUUAUGCUCGAACCGGAACCGUUUGUCGAGGACGCCCUUCUGGAUGUCGAGGAAUAUUCGAGCGAGGAGGACGAAGAAGAAGAAAUCGCGAUCGAGGUGCCAUGCGAGAAAGAGUCCAAAGUCGUCCCCAUGGUUCAAGAAAAAGUGUGCCUCCAACCACUCCCAGCCGAGCCCACUCUCUCCCGUCUGGAACACCUUCAGCACUUCGGAUGGCUACUCUUCGCCUCUGCAAUCGCCUACGGAAUCUACAAGACUGUCAAAAGUCGAUAA